AUGGAAAAAUAUAAUGAAUAUUUGCAUGAAAUAGAUUGUAAAAAAUUAAUAAAUAAUAAAGGCGAAAAUAUAAUGAAUGAAAAUAAUUCUAAAAAAUGUAAUAUCCAAAAUUUAUAUCUACAAAAUGAGUUAUUGAGAAAACAUGAAAUUGUAAAUUAUCACUAUCAAAAGGGAAGCAAAAAUGGUGGGGAAAAUAUCCAUACUUUUUGGGGAAACAUCUUAACCAACACUAACCUAAAUACAUUCCAAAAUAUAAGAGCAUAUUGUGAUAAUACAAAAAAUAAUAACGUUAAAAAUAAUAACGUUAAAAGUAGUAAUAAAAGAGAUGAAGAUAUAAAAAAAAGCUUUAACAUAUUAAUAGAUAAAGAAAAUGCAAUAAAUAGCAUUUUGAGUUCAACAUAUGCAGGAAUAAUAUCUCGAACUGUUACUGCCCCUUUAGAUAGAAUAAAAUAUAUAAUGCAAAUAACAAAUAAUUUAACAAUUUAUGAAAUAUUUGACAUUAUAAAAAAAGAUGGAACAUUUUGUGGAUUUUUUAGAGGAAAUUGUGUUAACAUUGUUAAAAUUAUUCCUGAACUAUCUAUAAAAAUGUAUUCAUAUGAAUUUAUGAAAGUUAAUGUUUAUAAUUAUUAUAAUAAAUAUCGGAAAAAAAAAAAUAAUAACAAUAGUAGUAGUGAUAGUAGUGAUAGUAGUGAUGGUGAUAAUAUUGAGCAAAAUUUAGACAUCCCGUUUUUUAUCCGAUUUUUAAUUGGAAGCUCAAGUGGUGUUAUAGCAGCCAUAUUUAUAUACCCAUUUGAAAUUGUUAAAACUAGAUUAAUAGUAUCAAACAAAGAUGGAAAUAAUGGAAUUAUUAAAUGCCUUUAUAAUAUUUAUAAAUAUGAAGGGUUUAGGAAUUUUUAUAAUGGCUUAUGUAUGCAUAUUUAUGGAGUUAUUUUUUUUUCAGGAUGUAAUAUGAGUAUAUAUGAUUAUUUAAAAUAUAAAUUCUUUGAAUUUUAUAAGCAUUAUAUUCAUUCAAAUUAUUGUAUGAAGGAAAAUGGUGAAAAAAAUAAACAAAAUUUUGAAAAGAACAAACAAAAUUGUGAAAAGAACAAACAAAAUUGUGAAAAGAACAAACAAAAUUGUGAACAAAAUAACAAAGAAAAUAUAAAUAGUACCAAUUUUUAUCAAUUAAAUAAAUUUUCAUAUAAUUCAACAAAUUUUAGAAAUCGACAUGAAAAAAUAAAUCAAGAGUCCCAUUGUUUAUAUUGCAAUUAUCGUAUAAAAAAUGUAAAUUGUUUAUCUUUUCUUUUUUUUGGAAUUACAAGUUCGUUCAUUGCUCAAAUAGUGAGUUACCCUUUUCUUGUUUUAAGAACAAGAAUGCAAACCAUGAAUAAUGAAAUUGCAACAAAUUAUUUAAAUAAUGAAAGGAAACACAUUAAGUCAUGUAGUUUUAUUUUAUACAACAUUCGCGUUUACGGCUUCAAGUCUCUCUACCGAGGAAUUUACGUGAAUUUACUGAAAACAAUUCCAGCAACUUCCAUAACCUGGUUUUCAUAUGAAUAUGCAAUGAGGAAGCUGAAAAGUGGUUAG